AUGGAGCUCGAUUACGACGUGAUUGUUGUGGGUGGAGGAUUUGGUGGAGUAUACCAGCUUUACAACUUACGGAAGCUGGGCUUCAGUGUUCGCCUGUUCGAGGCUGGAGCGAAGUUGGGGGGGAUCUGGUAUUGGAAUUGCUAUCCAGGCGCUCGCGUCGACACUGAGGUGCCUGUUUAUCAGUUACCAGAAGCAGAGUUGUUUGAAGACUUCAAAUGGCAACAGAAGUACGUCCGCGCAACGCCCCGCCAUGUCAAUGUCAAGCUGACGGCGUCAAUCAGAUAUCCGGGUCGAGACGCCCUCCGAGAGUACUUCGAGCACAUGGACAAAGUCUGGGGCUUGAGCAAAGACAUAAGUUACAACAGCCGGGUUACAGCAUGUGAAUGGGACAACGACAAGCUUCGAUGGAACGUCAAGAUUGCACAGAUGCAACUCAACGGGCCGACAGAAAUCGAACGACACUCGAAGUCGAUUAUAGUCUGCACGGGGUUCGCAUCUCGACCAUACUUCCCACCAUACAACGGGAUAGAGAAGUACAAGGGAAUGAUGUACCACACAUCAGCAUGGCCGCAAGAGAACAUCAGCAUGAAGGACAAGCGCGUGGCUGUGAUUGGGACUGGUGCCAGCGGGGUCCAGGUGAUUCAAACGAUAGCAACAGAAGUCAAGCAGUUGACGGUCUACCAACGGACACCCAACUAUGCUCUGCCAAUGGGCAACAACGAGCUACCGGCCGAGCGGUUGAAGUACUACAAAGAAAACUAUCCGGAGCUGAUGGGCAAGAUGAACACCACAUUCGCUGGCUUCCUGUACGACUUCAACCCCGGCGAGUGUAUGAAGGCCACUCCAGAAGAACGUGAGGCACUUUUCGAGGAGCUCUACACCAAGGGUGGUCUGCACUUUUGGCUAGGAACAUACGCCGACGUUUUGAAGAACAAGGAGGCGAACGCAAUGGCAUACGAAUUCUGGAAGAAGAAGACGCAUGCGAGAAUCAAGGACAAGAAGAAGGCCGAGAUCCUCGCACCCGAAGUUCCUCCUCAUCCAUACGGAACCAAGCGAGUUAGCCUGGAGCAAAACUACUUCGAAGCCUUCAACGACGAGAAGGUGGACGUCGUCCCCGUCAAGGACAAUCCAAUCUCGAACUUCACCUCUGAUGGAAUCAUCACUGCUGAUGGCGAGGAGCGGAAAUUCGAUCUCGUCGUGCUAGCGACUGGCUUUGAUGCGAUUACAGGUGGUGUCACGCAGAUAAACAUUCGUGGUGAGGAUGGCAUGCCGAUCAAGGAGAGGUGGUCGGAGGGCACAAGGACGUAUCUCGGAAUGGCGUCCAGAAAUUACCCGAAUAUGUUCAUCAUCUACGGCCCCCAAGCACCAACAGCGUUCGUCACCGGCGGUCUCAAUGCGAAGAUGCAGGGGCAUUGGGUCGGUAACUGCUUGGCCUACAUGCGGGAUAAAGGUAUCAGCAAGAUCCAGCCGACGGCAGAUGCGGAAGAGACAUGGCGGAGCCAUUGCGAGGAAGUGGGCAAAAUGGGCCUUUUCUCGGAGACCGAGAGCUGGUACUUCGGAAACAACAUCCCUGGCAAGCCCAAGGAGGCGCUGAACUAUAUGGGCGGGAAUCAAGCGUACAAGUCGUGGCUCAGAGACAGCGAGGAGAAUGACUACAAGGGGUUUGAGUACCAAUAA